AUGGGAGCCGCCUUGGAUGUGCAAUCAAAUGAGGGCAAGACCCCUUCGCACAUGACCAAGAGCAACGAGUGGAAAACGGAGAUCAGACGGCUUAUUGCCGAUCAGAAAGCGAGGGCUGAGCAUGCAAUGCACCGAUGUGGUCAGGAUCCAAAUAAGAUCCUAGAAGUNNAGCUGGAUCCGGAGCGGGUUUGCCCCGAUGGCCAAACUCGCAUCCCGAUGGUGCACUGGAUGUUUCAACACGCACCAGAGAAGCCAUUCAGCCGGAUUCGCAGGGAGGACGACAAAGUCCUAACAGAAGGCUCUGGCUAUUUUGUCUGCAUCGCUCCUGCAAACGCCGCCAAGCGCAUCAGGCAGUCGGAACGUGAGCUGGUCUUCGAUCACAGCAACUUGUUUGUCAAGGAGCCGUGGUACUCGAGCAUGUCUCCGGACAACUGGUGUGAACAAGUAGGGGUGGGAAAAGAAGACACCAAGGCCUACCUUGAGGCAAUCGAGAACAACAUUACCGGGGUGGCUCCCAACUCGUUUACUCUGGCCGCUGUGGAAGAGCUGGAUGGCAAUGUGGUGGGGUAUGUGCAUUGCAAGCGAAGAAAAAAAGAGCUUGUCAUCGGCCAUCUAAAAGUGGACUGGGAGCACCAGGGCCGGGGCAUUGGCCACAUGUUGAUUGCUGCUGGCGAACACUGGGCGCAGCAGCGUGGGUGGAAAUUUGAAAGCACGCGCCUGACAGUUCUUAAAAAGAACUACCAGGCGCGCAAUUGUUAUGAGAAAGAUGGCUUUCGGCAAAAGUCCGAGAGCGUGGGCAACUUCCCCACCGUAGGUGGUGAUCCUGAGCGCUGGCACGCCAUGUCACGCGGCUCAAAACGGGCCGCGGACAGCGCCUGGAUCAUGUCAAGGAAGGUCCGCCGGCUACAGUGA